AUGGGCGCUGACGUGGUGGUGGUGUGCGAGCAGUACCGAAACCGGGACUACUCGUCAUGGUACGUCGAGGACCUGGGCGCCGCCGCACUCAGGCGCUCACGUGUUCCAGGAAAAGCUCGACGAACUGGAAUUAUAGCAGGCGAUUUCAACGCCAGGCCUCCAGAGUGGGAGAUGCCAACCUCCAAUGCCAGAGGCAAACUGGUAAUGGAAAUGGUAUCCAGGCUGGGGUUGAUUGUGCUCAACUCGUGCACCACGCCGACCUAUCAGCGACCCGGUUUCGGCGUUUCCAUCCCAGACGUCACUCUGGUUUCAGAGUUUCUGGGUCGUCAAACCAGGGGCUCGAAGGUGAUGGAAGAUUUUACUGGCAAUAACCACCAGUAUAUCACCUUCCGGAUAUCGUCCGACGGGUCGGCGCUGCACGGCAGAUCCCGGCGCCCACUCGGCUGGAACACAGCCAAGCGGGACGAGGGAAAGUUCACGGAAUGUAUGAGCCGCGGCCUCGGGGGCAUACCACCUAUACCCCGCGAUCAUCCCGGAAGGAAUGUCGCUGAGGCCAUGGUGAGCCACACCAUGGGGCUCAUCACUCGGACUUGCGACGCUUCGAUGCCCCGCAAAAAGCCGUGGAAAGGCCGAGCCCAGGCGUACUGGUGGACGGGCCAGAUCGCCAGCCUCAGACGGAAGUGUCUGAGGCUACGUAGACUGGCGCAACGAGCCCGCCGUAGAACGGAGCCCUCCGACAGGCGUACAAGCUUGUCACCCGCAAGGUCCGGAACCGCCGCACAGGGCACAUUGGGCGCAGCUACCACCGAGCGCGUGGUGGACGGAUUAUUCCCCAACAACCCGGCAAGGGACUUCUACCCGGAGCCGGUUGACGGAGACGUCGUUCCCACGUUUACUCUAGAGGAGCUGCAGUCGGCGGUGGGCUCCUUGAAACCGAGGAAAGCCCCGGGCCCGGAUGGCAUUCUAGCACAGGUCCUGAAGAUGGUGGCGUGA